GUGACUGCUAGGAGAAUAGGGCAGAUGUGUUUUUAUCACGUCAAGUUUUUGUCGCUUUCUUGACAUUUUGUGCAGUUUUAACCUAUUUGAAACACAUAUGCAUUGCUGACUGGAACAGUAUACACAUAGGUUAUUUUGGAAGUAUGGUUUGGAGGAGUUGCAUAGUGGUGGUGGUACUCUUUUUCAUCGUUUUAUUUACCGUAAAUGGGGAGAAAAUAAAGACCAGGUAUCGACGGAGCUGGAUAAUGCCUGGAACAUUAUGGUGUGGAGCUGGAAGCACUGCAGAAAACUUCACCAGCUUAGGUGAAUUUUCUAGAGUGGAUCGUUGUUGCAGAGAACAUGACCACUGCUCUCCACAAAUUCAAGCAUUUGAAUUUCAGUAUGGCAUUAGAAAUUACAGACUUCACACUGUCUCCCACUGUUACUGUGACCAGAGGUUUAGGCAGUGUCUUCACGCUCUUAAUGACACCGUGUCCACACUUGUUGGCAUCAUGUUUUUCAAUAUCUUGGAAAUGCCCUGCUUCAGCCUGAGAGAGGAGGAACAGUGCGUGGAGUGGCACUGGUGGGGAGGUUGUAAAAAGAAUGGCAGCGUACCAAAAGCUGAGCUUCAAAAGCCAGAGAUCUUCAACUACAGUGAAUUUUCUAGAGUGGAUCGUUGUUGCAGAGAACAUAACCACUGCUCUCCACAAAUUCAAGCAUUUGAAUUUCAGUAUGGCAUUAAAAAUGACAGAUUUCACACCGUCUCCCACUGUGACUGUGACCAGAGGUUUAGGCAGUGUCUUCACGCUCUUAAUGACACCAUGUCCACACUUGUUGGCAUCAUGUUUUUCAAUAUCUUGGAAAUGCCCUGCUUCAGCCUGAGAGAGGAGGAACAGUGCGUGGAGUGGCACUGGUGGGGAGGUUGUAAAAAGAAUGGCAGCGUACCAAAAGCUGAGCUUCAAAAGCCAGAGAUCUUCAACUACAGUGAAUUUUCUAGAGUGGAUCGUUGUUGCAGAGAACAUGACCACUGCUCUCCACAAAUUCAAGCAUUUGAAUUUCAGUAUGGCAUUAGAAAUUACAGACUUCACACUGUCUCCCACUGUGACUGUGACCAGAGGUUUAGGCAGUGUCUUCACGCUCUUAAUGACACCGUGUCCACACUUGUUGGCAUCAUGUUUUUCAAUAUCUUGGAAAUGCCCUGCUUCAGCCUGAGAGAGGAGGAACAGUGCGUGGAGUGGCACUGGUGGGGAGGUUGUAAAAAGAAUGGCAGCGUACCAAAAGCUGAGCUUCAAAAGCCAGAGAUCUUCAACUACAGUAAUCCAGAGGACAGACACACAUCUAUCCCUAUACCUCACAGCUUACAUCCACACAAUGUUACAUCUCCCCCCCAACAAUGGCUAAAUGCUAAGUCAAGGAGAAGGAGGCUCAAAAGACUGCAGAGAGAGCCAUCUAAAAGAGACAAUAAAGGUAUCUUAAAAGACAGUAAUAAAGCAGAAGCAAAAUCCAAAAUACUGAAUGUAAAAUCUAAACUGUUCACAAAACACUGACAAAAAAAGCAGCAGGAGCUGUAUGAGGACAAUGUGCAGGUAAACAACCAUUUAUUUAUUAAAAGAAAAUACCUGACAGAAGAACAGCCAUAUUAUUGGAAGUAAAGCCACACUGCAAAAAUCUUAGAUCUGAUCUGUAAGAAAAGUCUGAGAUUUUGUGAGAUUUCUGAGACUGCAGACGCCCCCUGGUGGCUCGGGUGCUGUUGUGAAAUGCAGCAGUAAUACGCAGGACCCAGUGUAUGGCAUCACAGAAGAUAACACGUGGACGUGGACCUGUUUAUAGAAGACUUUGACAGCACUGUUUUAUUACAUCACCUAGAGGAGGUGAAUCCCUGUCACUACCACAUAAUCACAUUUCAUUACACUAGCUAUACAAGUAAACCACAAUUGUGCUCUCUGUGACUACUGUGCUAUAUAAAUAGUUUUGGUAGCAAAGUUUUUUGUGAUAUAGUUUUCUCUAAGGGUAACAAAUCAUUCAGGUGUUUCCAUAUUUCUAGGCUCAUCCAGAAAAGAAUUUGUCCAAGCACUGAAUGAGUUCUAGUUCUAUAUACAGCACAUUUGUCUUCAUGGUAUAGUUUAAAUGGCCUAUAAAGUUAAAGAACUAUUAAGACUGAUCUAUAUAUAUGUACAACGUCCUGCGUCUUAUCAGACCUGUAGAUAUACAAGGGCACACCGCACACUUCCAAUGUCAGUCUAUAAUAUUUCAUCUCUCUAUAUAUGUACAGUACAUAGUGUUUGUCUAUACAUACAUAUGUUGUUGGUAAUUCUUUAUGGUAAAUUGUGUGUUUAGGUUUAGUGGUCCUCUAACCCCUUAGUGACCAGCCUGUUUUGGGUGUUUAGGUUUCGUGGUCCUUUAAUCGUUUCACCAUCGCUCUUCCCUAUACUGAAUCAUUGUUUGCCGGCAGCAGAUUGUCAUUACACACCACGAUCUGCCGCCGGCAAAUGAUGAUUUUUUAACAUGUGAAAGGACUCGGAUUGCCUGAUGAAUUGGUAAUCGGGUAAUCUGCGGCAGUAUUAGACUACGAACACUCGUUAGCAAUCAUCUGCCGAAAAAUCAGCAGGUGUAAUACAGUCUUUAGACUAUAAGUCGUGAAUAAGGGGUGAUUACUCAGUUAGAGCAAAGCACCUCCCCUACACCAUUCCAGUAGUAUAGCUGGUCAGGGCUUCUCACAUUUUACUAAUCAAUGCAAUGGUCCUUUGUUUGCAUGUUUACCUAGGCACAUCUAAAGAAGAAUAAACCUAUCAGUCAUUCCAGUCCUCUACCUACUAUUCUAAUGAGGAUUAUCUUACAGAUAUACCCUUCCCUGUUCAGCAGUGUUGUAGAAUGAGAUUACUCUGCUCUCCCACUGAGAACAUUCAUAUCUGAAAUUACUGUUACAGAAGAACACUAUUUCAUAUUUAAUUUUAAUGGCCUGAUACUAAUGAAAUAAUAAAAAAAAAAAAAGCUUAAAAUGCUAAUGUAAAGUUGUUUUCCAUAAAUACACAGUUUAAAUAAAUAACCCUUUAGGCCUCUUUCACACUGGCGUGUGCGGCCCGUUGCCAUAUUGCGGCCCGCAAUACACAGGGGCCAUUCCGUGGGCAUUCCGCAUCAUGGAUGCAGACCCAUUCCUUAAAUGG